ACCUGCUGUGCUGAGCGCGUCUGCUGGUCUUCAUGCGAAGAAGGUCGGCGGCGGGCUUUGUUCCUCACAUCGGCGGCACCUCGUUGAGUCAUGAAAUGGAUAUUUUGUGGCAAUAUCAGUUUAGGAUGAUAUUAUUAGGGGAUUCGACGGUGGGGAAGUCGUCGCUGUUGAAGCGCUUCACCGAUGGCGUUUACAGUGACGUCGCCGAUCCCACCGUCGGCGUGGAUUUUUAUGCCCGUUCGCUUGAUAUCGAACCGGGGGUGAAAAUCAAGCUGCAGCUUUGGGACACAGCAGGCCAGGAACGAUUCCGGUCCAUUACGACAUCAUACUAUCGUAAUUCUGUGGGAGGGCUGCUGGUCUUUGACCUCACCAGUCGCAAAACCUUCGAGCACGUACGGGAGUGGCACCACGAAGUGAGCGAACACAUCCUGCCCCACCAAAUGGUCUACAUUCUCAUUGGUCACAAGAGUGACCUGAACAAGGACCGCAGAGUCGGGAGGGAUGAAGCGGAGCAGCUGGCGUCUGAGCUGGGAAUUCGCUAUGUAGAAACAUCAGCCAAGUGCAACAGUAACGUUGACCGGGCCUUCGAGCUGUUAACCAGGGACAUAUAUGAGCUGAUGAAGAUCGGUGCCAUCGUCACUCGAGAUGGCUGGGAUGGGGUGAAGAGCGGCCUCACUGCCAAGGUCCUCUAUCCAGGGAAUGAUGAAGACGAACAAGCACCAGCGUCUGCUGAAAGGAGCUGCAACUGCUGACUUUUUCCAACAAAAAAACGCUUAUCUUGUCUCCCAGUGAUUUUUUGGAAAACAACUCCCACCUCCACUUCAAUGUGCGUGAAUUCUACUGACGACAAAACCAUAGACGCAACUCACACGUAUCUACACGCUCUUUUUCUGUGUGCUGAUAAGUUGAGGUAAAACAAGCUAUAGCAUGCGGUGUUGGUCCAGUAUGUAGAAUUUCACAACUUAAGAAGGGUUAGUUUCUGAUACAACUUAAAGUAUCAGUGUUUUCCACACCACAACACAUAUCCCAGGGUUUUUCUUUAACAUUUUUGGCAUUUGUGUACUUAUUUAUACAUCUGUCCAUGUAGAUAUCUAUAUCUAUAUCUAGACAUAGAUACAUAUAGAUGUACAGUACAGGCCAAAAGUUUGGCCACACCUUCUCAUUCAAUGUGUUUUCUUUAUUUUCAUGACUAUUUACAUUGUAGAUUGUCACUGAAGGCAUCAAAACUUGUGUGAACACAUGUGGAGUUAUGUACUUAUCAAAAAAAGGCGAAUAACCGAAAACAUGUUUUAUAUUCUAGUUUCUUCAAAAUAGCCACCCUUUGCUCUGAUUACUCUUUUGCACACUCUUGGCAUUCUCUCUGAGCUUGAAGAGGUA